AUGAUUUUUUUGUCAGUUUUUCUAGUUGUUUCACACGUUCAUAACACACUUUUUAUAGAAAAGUUUUUAAUCACAAAAAAUAGUUUCAAUCGCUACCCUUUGAGGAAACUAUUGGUCAAAAUUUAGAAUGGGUUUGGACACUACUUUGGAUACCGUGGAAAAUGCCCGUUUCACAUACAUUUAUUCUCCCAUCAUUAAUCGGAUGAUGAAGGAUCCAAAAACGAUCUUCAAGGACUAUGAGCUAACAUGCAUCAUUAUGGUUUUUCACAAAUUCGUCCUUGUUAAUGGACCACGUGCCAAAUUCAUGACUAAACUACAACUAACUAAUUUAAUGGGAACCAUUUUUGAGCUAGAUGACAUGGAGAUUGUCUCAGUUAUUGUAGAUCGGAUCUGUCAUCAUGAGAGCUCUCCAUAUCCCGAUUUUCUACCCGAUAAACAUUGUAAUUUGGAAUCAUUUUUGUACCUUUUCAAGGUAUACUUCACAAGAGAUCUCCAGUUAAAGAUGGAGUUUGCUUUUUCGGUGUAUGAUCGCGGAGAUAGGGGCCAGCUGAAUAGCGAAGAAGUUGGAAAUUUUGUUUCCAAAUAUUUUGACAACCUCGACGAAGAUGAGGCCCAGGAGCUCCGAUUGGACAUGAAGGUCUUAAUAAUGCAAAAAUUUGAUCUGGAUAAGGAUACUUUUAUUCAGGCCGAGGAGUACUUUGAAGUGGUGAAACGGCAGCCUAAGUUACUGGAAUUUCUUGGUCAAAUAUAUCCAUCUACUCCAAAGAUGGAUGUCGUAGCGGUAUGUGCCAACAUCAUGUCCUGGUUCGAUGACUCCCCGAAUCCAAGAAUCAUGUCGAAAACUGGAUCAAAUGAUGCAUUGUCAGUCAAAACCAAUCCAGUCCAGUGAUUGAAUAAUAAUAAAUUUCGCAAAUGGUAUAGAA